AUGAAAAGCUAUAUAUUUUUUCUUCUAUUAUUUUUUAUAGAGUUAAGACAAUGUUUUAUGGAAAAUGUUGAGGAAGGAAGUGCUGAAAAACCAAAAGAAAUAAAUUUAAACUUUGAUGAUUUUGAUCCUAAUGAUUUACCAAAAAAGACAAGAUUAAUCUUUUAUAAAUAUUUGUUUAAAGGUGAAACUUUUGUUUAUGAAGAAAAAUCAGGUAUUAAAAAAGGUAUUAAAGGAGGAAAAAUGGAGGCAAUGUUUUUAUUUGAUGUACUUCAUCAUGAUAUGGGUGGAAAUAUAUUAUUAAGAUUAAAACCAUAUAAAUGUCAUUUUGGUGAUUGUAAAGUUGAGGAUAUUCCUGAAAUAUAUCUUGAUGUUGUACAAGGAUAUCAAAAUCUUAUUGGAUAUUAUGUUAAAUUUAAUAAUGAUAAUGAUAAAUUAUAUUGGAAUUAUCUUCAUGGUAUUGCUGCAACAUUAUCUAAUCCAUCACAACAUGGUGAAGGUGAUAUUCAAAAUGUUGUUACACCACAAGGAAAUUGUAGAUUUGAAUGGUAUAGACCUGAAGAUAAAAAAUUUGUUAGAAAAAUUAAGAAUUGUAAUAUUGCUGGUGAAAGAAAUUCUACUAUUGUUGAUGGUUUCUUGACAAAUUAUAAUCAAGAAGUUACAUAUCAUCAAAAUAAAAAAUAUGAUGGAGAUAUUGUUGUUUGUAGGACAAGAGAAAAUUUUAAUCUUAAAUCAAAAUUUUAUAAUGAUUGGAGUUUUAAAGUUGAAUCAGUUAGUCAAAUUGAAAUGGAAAAACGUGAUAAAAAAUAUAUGGAUAGACUUUGCCCAGCCAACACAACUGUAGGCCAAUGUGCUAAAGAUAUAUUUGGAGCUACUUUAAUUGGAACAAAUUGGAAAGAAAUUAAAUCAAAAUUUGUUUUAGCUCAUACUAAUACAGAAUCACUUACCUAUAAUCAAUAUGUGGAAGCUUAUCGUGAGGAACUUGAAGAAAAAACUUUUUCUGAUCUUUUUGGUCAGAUAGUUGCUUCUGGAGUAAUUUCAAGUUAUAAUGAAUUAAAAGAAGCAUUAUUUAAUCCAGAAAAUAAAAAUAUUUUAAAUGAAAUUGUUGAUUCAAUUGCAGCAAUUGGUGAUGAUAACGCUUUUAAAAUACUUAAAGAAGUAUUAACUACUGAAUCAAAAGAUUUAGUUAUAAGAUUUGCUGAAAGUAUUGCUUAUACUUCAAGAAUUAGUGAUAAAGUAAUAUCAUUAAUGAAAUCAUGGUUAGAUGAAACAAAUGACGAAGGAUUAAAAAAAAUUUUAUACAAAUCAUAUGGAUUAAUUUUAAGAAGACAAUGUGAAUUAACAUUAAGUAAAAAAAAUGCUUGUGCUAAAGAUAAAGAUCCAAAUGUAAAUGAAUUUAUUAAAGAAAUCAUUGAAAAGGUAAAUGUUUAUGAUUCAUUAAAAAUUUUAAAAUCAUUAUCAAAUACUGGUUCAGUUAUAACAUAUGCUAAAAAAUAUAUUUGUGAUUCUUCAAGUUCUGAUGAAAUAGUGAUUGCUGCUUUAAGAAUAUUAACAGAAAUUGAUGAUAAUAAUUGGGAUAAUAGUAUAAUGACAAAAUUAAUAAAUACCUUCCGUAAUACUUGUCCACAAAAACAAAGUAUAAUAUCUAAAACAUUAGCUGUUGAUAUUUUAUUAGAAAAAGCUAAAAAUAAUCAAAAUAUUGCAUCAUUAUUAUUAAGAAGUGAAACAAUAUUUCCAUUAGAUAAUGAAUUAUGGAGUUAUUUUUAUUCAGCUCUUAAAAAUAGUCGUUUAAAUGAUGAAGAGGUAGAUGAGUUGUGGCAAAAGAUGAGAAGCUUUAAAGUUUUUAAAGAAAAUUAUGGUAAACAAUGUGUUAGUGGAAAAAGUUCAGUUGACACAACACAAUUAAGUCAAUGGCCUGGUGUUAAAAUUAAUUUUGAAAACAAAGAAAUUUUUGAAAAUAAUGGAUCAUUAAUAUAUGAUUCAACAAAACUUACUUUUAAAAUGAAUAAACGUUCUAAAGAAAUUACAUUGUUUGACAUGAAUACUAAUGGAGAUUUAAAAUUUGUUGAUCAAAGUUUGGAAAAAGAAAAAUUAUACAAUAAAAAUGCUUUGUUAAGAUUUUAUCAAGGAAAUCAACUUUUACUUUCUGGUUAUAACAUUAAAUUAUAUGCAUCAUUAGCUUUACAAGGAAAAAUAUUUAGUUAUGAUGAUGUUCUUCAUUCACUUUAUCAUUUAACACUUUCAGGAAAAAUUUCAUUAUAUGGAUUAUCAAAAUUCUAUGGUAUUAUAGAUUCUAAAGUUGUUUUAAAAGUACCAUUUGAAAAAAUUAAUUAUAAUGGUUGUAUAAAUCUUUCUGAAGAACCAAAAGCAAUGAGCCAAAAUACUUUUAUUUAUUCAGUAACAAAAAAGAAGAAGAAAAAUAUUAUCACAAGAACAAAAGAAUGGAAUGGUGUAUGCCAAAAACCAAAAACAAUAAAAAUGUUGGAAACAUGUAAAAAUGUUUUAAGUUAA